GAGUGAUGAGUCUGUGUCCCCAGCAAAGAAGCGACGAACUUGCUUUGCAGCCUGAGUAGUAGUUGUUUCUUUCGGUUGUUGUUGUGGCUUGUUGGUUUUUUUGUUUUUUUUUAAUAAUAUAUUUUAUUAUUAUUGCUUUUUUUUUUUCCGGUCUUUUUUUGUUCUUUUUUUUUUUUUUUUUUGAGGGGGGGGGAAGGGGUGGCUGCUCGGUUGCAAAAAGAGAGAGAGAAAAAAAAAAGCCAAAAAGAAAAAAAAAAGAAAAAAAAAGAAAAGGAGCCAAAAAAAACAACAACAAAAAAAAACCAAAAAAAAAAAAAAAAGCGAGCCAAACAAAACAAAACAACACAAGCAAACCCAACAAACAAACAAAACAACUUCAUUCGGAGCUGAAAGUGGCAGGAAAAGUGCCCGGCAAGUUGCGGGGAUGGAGCUGCACAGCUUGCAAGAGGCGUUAAAAGUGGAAAUCCAAUGUCAUCAGAAACUAAUUGCACAGAUGAAGCAAGAUCCACAGAACGGGGAUCUUAAGAAACAAAUCCAUGAAAGGCAAUCAAGGAUAGCAGCUCUUAAUGAGAAACAAAAGCUGGCGGUGCGGAGCUGCCCCGCGGCCGUGCUGGUGGGCGGCGGCGCUGGCGGCAGCGCCAAGCCCGGCGGCGUCCCGGCGCUCCUCAAGGCACCCGGCGGCGGCGGCGGGAGCCCCGGCGGCGGCCCCGCGCAGAGCUUGGCCAUCUCCGUCGUGCCGGCCAAGGCGCCCAUCGCGAUGGUGACGGCGCACCUGAACGGAGGGCUGGGAGGCGGCGGCGGCGGCGAGCCCCCACAGAGCGCGCCCAUCAACCUGCAGACCACGGCCGCCCGCCGUCAGCCCGAGCUCGGCGCCCGCGCCCAGACUUUGGGAACUAUCACUGCAGUGCCCAUUAAGGUUCCUCAGGUCAGCUCCUUGCAGAGGUUGGCAGGACAAGGACCAGCAGUGCUACCUCAGGUUAGGCCAAAGACCCUGAUUCCAGACAGCCUCCCCAUUUCCCCAUGCAGAGACCAACCAUCCAAGCAGCCUCCAACCUUCCAAAAGGCGACAGUUGUCAGCAUCAAAAACCCCAGCCCUGCCCUCCCCACUGCCAACAAUACCGUCAGCCAUGUAGAGACGUCUAACAGCCAGGCACAGAGCGUCACCGAUCCUACCCCUCUCUCGUCGCCUCUGAGCAGUGCCGGUGUGGCCUACGCCAUCAUCUCCACCUCCCCCAGCAAUGCAGCCCCUAUCAGCACCAGCGCUACUGUCUCUGUGGUCAAUGACAGCAUCAAAGUGCAGCCACUCCUCAUCAGCGCCGACAGCAAGGUUAUCAUUAUUCAGCCUCAAGUCCAAACCCAGACAGAAAGUAAAGUGGAGACAAAGAAACCUCCUGAAGAGUCAGCUCAGGGACCCCCUGCUACCAAAAAGAAAAAGGAGGAAAAUCCAGAGAAAAUUGCCUUCAUGGUAGCAUUAGGACUGGUUACCACAGAACAUUUGGAAGAAAUCCAGAGCAAACGUCAGGAAAGGAAGAGAAGAAGCACAGCAAAUCCAGCCUACAGUGGACUCCUGGAAACAGAGCGGAAACGUCUUGCAUCUAAUUUUUUGAAUAACCCCUUGUUCCUUUCAACAAGAGCAAAUGAGGAUCCAUUCUGGAAGAAUGAGAUCCACCAUGAUGAAUACUGCACUGCUUGCAAGCGUGGCGUUAACUUGCAGCCCUGUGGCACAUGUCCCAGGGCGUAUCACCUCAACUGCUUGGACCCACCCCUCAAAACUGCCCCCAAGGGGGUCUGGGUCUGUCCAAAGUGCCAACAAAAGGUGUUAAAGAAGGAUGACAAUGUGCCAUGGACUGGAACUCUAGCUAUUGUUCACUCCUAUGUCACUCACAAAACAGUCAAAGAAGAAGAGAAAAGAAAGUUAUUAAAGAGAAGCAGCGAGCUGAGGAGUGAGCACAGACAGUUAGAAGAAAAAGAUCGACUUCUCAACAAUGCAGUGAAGAAAUGCUUAGAGCUAAAAAGCAGCCUGUUAGCCCAGCAGAAGGGGACUCAGUCAUCGCUGGAACGUCUCCGAACCCUCAUUAGACUGAUACAAAACGAGCAGAUGAUUCAGGUUACCAUGACGACCACCACCACCUCGUCCCUGCUCACCAUGCCCUGGAUCAAGCCCUCCUCGGCCUCCGCCGCCAUGCACCAGGCCUUGCAGCACUCGCAGGGCCACAACUGACCGGGGCGCCACGGGACAGCCGUGGAAGGGGGACAGAUUUUGCACCCGGGCACGAGGAGAGAGGGGACAGACACAGAAGAAGGAAGGAACGGUCUCGGGCUUUAUACGCACUGGAACUUGCAGGCCCAUCGGUCCCACUUGUAGUCGCUGUGGCGGCAGCUUCCCAGGGAGCACAGCGCACUGCAGCGUUGUUUGCCGAGACCUUCAGUGCUUAUGAGAUUUUUUUGUUAUGUUGGCCUUAAUGUACUUAUGGCAGGAUGAGCAGGAAGAGCAUGGCCGAUAGAAAGGAAGUAAGUGGAAUAUCCUUUUAGUGGGGAGCAGGCGGUUUUGCAGUUCUGCUUUAAGGGGGGAAAUUAAAAUGCAAAGAGUUAGUGAGCUAGUGGGUAUGUAGUUGGGCUGAGAGCUGUUUGUGGGAGGGACACUGGUGAUGUCAAAGGAAACUGAGCUACUUAGGACCUGACAUGGAUUCUUUAUCAGAGGAACAAGGUUGGCCCCACUGACUCGGGCGAGCUGAAGCUGGGGCCGCUUUGACCAGAAUGGACACUCACAGAGCCUUCAAAACAAAAGAUCCUUUUUUUCAGUAUUAUUAAAGUUGAGAAUUGCAGAUAUUUAAAUAAAGAAACUGUAUGAAGUUAGCAUUUCUAGUAAAAUAUUGAAGUAUUUUCAUGCUGAUGCUUCUGUAUAUGCGUUCCGAAGUAUUUAAAGAAGUAUGACUGUAAAACUCCUUACUUUUUUGCAGGUCCUUUUUACUUAUUUUGCUAUUGGUGUAUUUUUCUCAUGGAGUUUUUGUGCAAGAUUUAGCAUAAACCAUAAUAGCGGAUAUCUUUGGCAGAUUGGGUUUCAUUUUUUAAACAGAUUAUUUUGGGUUUUUUUGUUAGUAUUUGAUUUUUUUUUUUUUUUAAGAAAAAAGCAAAUAAAUAUUCUGCUUUUUGUUUCUUACCAGUACAGAUAAAAUGCCAAAAAGAUAACUUCACAUUUUUGUACUGCGUUUUUAUUGUUAAAAGUAUGUAUUUUUGUUUUUAAUUGUUAUCAUUUUCUUUUUUGCUCGCGGAACUAUCUGCCAAAAUGGUACAGGAAAAAAAAAUAACUGCCUCAUGGGGUUGUUUCUCGUACUGAACAAUAUCAAGAGCUUUGGGGGAGGGACGGGCUGUGGCAAAUUAUAAGAGUUUGUUGGUUGUUUUUUUCCUCUUUUUUUGGAAACUUGACUCCUAUUUAAGGUUCUGUUGGCUCUUAGCACACUGGGAAGUGCGUGGCAUUGGCCUGGCAAGCCCUCGCAUGCCUGCUGUUUCACCUGUAGUCUUCCUGACCCCACGGGUCCACCCGUCUUCCCCAGCCUCGUGCUGGACGGGGAGUGAGACGGGCACCCGGUUGUCUCAGCAUCACCCCCACCAGCUGCCCAUCGCCUCUGUUGCUUAUGAGUCCUUCAUCAGUUAGCGCAACAGGUACUUGAGGAAAGCAAGAAGCCACCAGAGCACGGCACAAGGCUAGUCUCUCACAUCAGCAUAUCACAUAGUGCCGAAUAUCUUUUUUAUUUUUAGUAAAACAAAAAAAAUAAAUAAACCACACGCGAGGGACUGGCUUUUUCCAUCGCCCAUCACUAGGCAGCACACGGUCCCUUCAACCAUUUUCACAACUCCGGGAGAAACUGUGCAGUACUAUAACAAAUCUAUUUUAAUACACAACACUCGGUUGAACAAGAUUUUUAUAUUCUUUUAUCGAUGAACAAAGUGAACUAAGUAAAACACAAUUGUUAUACAUUGGUUAUUGUAUGCCUAUUAUGCAUUCUAACGUGGCUUGCAAUGUAAAUGUUUUCAGGUUUAAUGAUUUUUUUUUUCCUUCUCAGACAAAUUAAAAAAAUGAAAAGUGUGAAAGGUUGAGUAUGUGAAGAAUUUCUGAAGAAGUGUCUUGGACUGUUAAAAGUAGUUAUUUUGAAAAGGGAACUGUCCAGUGGAUAGUGUGCAUAGAAAAAAAAAAGUGUUUGUCUUAAAUAUGCCAAUGUAGUUUUACUUCUUUAUGAUGCAUUAAACUUGAUUGACAAUUUAGUAGUCAAUGAUGUGCUAUUCAUUGCUGAUUUUCCCAUCCUUCUGCCAUUCCUGGUGCAUGUGGCAUGCAGCAUGCAGGCUGCUGGAAGGAGACGUGCUGCAGACCAAGGACAUGUCACAGCUCUAAUGGCAGCUUGGCAGCUUUGGGCUUAGACCUGUGCUUUCAGAGCAAAUGCUUGGAUGAGAGAAGCAAGCCCACUCCGCCAAGCCAUUUCUAAAUCCCUGUGUAAAUACACUAAUUGAAGAAUGAUAGAUUAGAUCCCUUGCAGGAGUUGUCUGUCAUCUGGCAGAUGAAAGGGGCAGAAUUUCAACAAAACAAACUAAAUUAAAGCAAGCCAAUGUUAAAGUCCCAUGAAACCCACCGUGGUGGAUAAUGCUUACAUGGAGCAGCAGGCACUGCACUGACACUCGCGCCUGUUGGGUAAGGGUGGGUUUUGCAAUAGGAAAUUGUCAUCAUCAUCAUCCUGCCACCAUCUUAAUCCAUAAACCGUGCUCUGUGCUAUAGGACAGGAGCCAAUUACGGUGCUCUGCGUGUUGCCAUAAUAAUUAAUAAGGUUGCUAAGACUUGUAGGCUAAUGCCAGCCUUUAAUGUUCAAGAGUAAUUUAAAUUAAGGUUUUGGGGGAGAUUUGUACAAGUGCUGAUGGCUGCCAUGCUCCUUGCUGUGGCCCUGGGCUCCAGCUUUGACGAGAACUGGGAGCUGUGGGGUUCCCUCCUUCCAAGUACAAGUUAUUUCUGAAGAUACACCACACUUCAAAGCUCCAGAGCUCUUUAUUUUAACAUGACAGACUGUUUUCGGUGCAUGGGACCUUUUCACAUGCCGUUAGUUAUCUCGUGGAGGAGCUGCUCUUCAAAUAGCUGUUGGAAUGAAACGUUGUCGCUGAGCUUGUCACUUUUCUAUUUGCACCUCUUCAAAUGUAAUUUUGCCCACUCUUCCCUCUCUCACUGCUGCCCUUUCCUUAGAAAUGAGAAGAAAAGGAACUCUUGGGAAGCAGCAUAGAGCAAUGUUAGUCCUUUCUGGAGAGCAGAAUGAUGAGCACCAGCAAUUUGAGGCCAUGCCAGGAUGUCUUCAGGCUUUGUCAUUGCAGGAGAAGCCACUGUACACCUGGAUGCCCUCAAAGAUUAUGGGGUGAGCUCACAAAGCCACACAUUUGUUAUAUUUACGCAGCAAUCAGUGCCAGCAUGCUUUGUGCCCUAGAUUUAACAGAAGUGUCAGGCCAGCUAGUGGCUUUGCUUCUGUUGUUAGGCCUCCUCUUGAGGAUGACAGAGCCAACUCCAUAGUAGCUAUAUAGGAGUACAUUCUGCAUAGGAAUUUGUCCUACAUAGUUUAUUCUACACAUUGACAUAUAAUUGCAUGCUGGCUUCCGAGCAGUUUGAUGGCCUAUUAGUAACACUUAAACUUGUAGAAGGGUGCAUUAUAAGCUGAUGCGUACUUUUUGUUCUGUCUUCGGCAGGUCCUCUGUAGUUGAAGUGAGAGGUUAUGCUGAAGUGAGUGGCAACAGCCACAUCAGAUGGAACUCUGCUCACUUUAAUCAGAUUUUGCCAGCUGCAGCUUAUUUUGCUUAGAAAAUGAAGGCUGGCUCCCAAGAUCAAUCACUAGCAACUGACUGGUGCAAACAGGAAUGCCAGCCUCUGCUUCUGUAAGCCACUUUCAAGUUCAUCACGGUGCAUAUCAUUAAAGCAAAAGUUUUGUGAUUUCUUUUCUGCUCCCUUAAAAAAGCAAUCCUAAAAAAUCAAAUUGUCAAGAUGGAAAAAAGUACUACAAAGCGUACAUAGGCAUGUAGUGAUGCUAGCCAGGAAGAAGAAAGCAAAAAGCUUCCAUUGCUCUUUGAAGUUGUUUGCAUUUGUAUGGCGGCUUGCAGAUAACUUCUGUGUUGUUUAAACGCAGCAGAAAUGCUACACCCCAACCUUUGAUUAUCAGCCUUACUCAUUAAGCAUUUACCACAGAAAUUUUAGUUCACUUCUGCAUUUCAUCUCCAGAACGGAGAUGUGACAAUAGCCUUCUCCCUUUGAUAUCCGUACAGGGAAAGGACUGACUGCUGCCAGCAGUCUGGUUGCUGUUGAUGAAGCAAUCUGCUGAGCUGUGAGCUUUGACAUGACCGUGUCAGCUUUCGUGCUUCAUCCACUCUGUGUGGAAGCAGCGCUAUCUCAUUUGUUUUCGUGCCGUUGUUGCCUGCCAGGAUGCCGGGCUGGAAUCGUGGCCAAACCACUGUCUUGUAAAUCAGCGCCGCACGUGGCUUCCUUACUUUCCAUUUGAGAAGUUCUGCAGCAAUCGUUUCACCAGUGAGCCCAACAGAUCAUCAAGAAUUACAUCUGUCCCUCCCUCUGCCUAUGCGCACUGAAGUACUGAAACCCAGGGCUGUGGCUUAAGCUGCACCUGCUUGAGAUGAAAGGGCUGUGCCGCGGCCAGAUACAGGACUGAGCAUCCCCACAUGUUGCACUUCAUUUGGCUCUAUCUCCCUGCUGGGGCCACUCCUGCCUCAUUUGGCUAGGGAAAUCUUAUUGCUUUGUCUGAGCUAAAAGAAAACAAACACACAGGUGGUGGCAACAAACUGGGAACAGCAAAGGUCCGGUUUGAAUUUGGUAUUGUUUGAAGUGCACAUGCGUAACUCACAGAAAUUUUCUCAUUGUUUGAAAUUGCCUUAUAAAUAAAUGUGUUGAGCCACUGGCUACUUUUUA